CCUCCUCCUCCUCCGUCUUCUCUUCGCCUCAGCUCGCCUCCCCCGGCUUUCCCUUCCUCGCUCCCACAGCACGCGCUCAGGGCCCCACGCUCGGAGGCUUCCCUCUUUUUCCUCCUUGUCGGGGAAUCCAGGCUCAAAAGUAGCAGAAGCAAGUCCGCCCGAUGGGGCUGCGCCGGCCUUGGUGGCCCUCGCGCCCUCCGCGCCUCCGGCUCCCGCUGGUGCUGGCGCUGCUGCUCGCCGCCCUGGGACACGCGUGGACCUACCGCGAGGAGCCCGAGCAGAGCGACAGGGAAGUGUGUUCGGAGAGCAAAGUGGCCACCACCAGGUACUCCUGCCUCAAGCCCAGCGGGGAGCUCGCCACCUGCUUCAGGAAAAAGUGCUGUCAGGGCUAUAAGUUUGUUCUUGGACAAUGCAUCCCUGAAGAUUAUGAUGUCUGCGCAGAGGCUCCCUGUGAACAACAGUGUACAGACAACUUUGGACGUGUCUUAUGUACUUGCUACCCUGGUUACCGGUAUGACCGAGAAAGACACAAAAACAGGGAGAAACCCUAUUGCUUAGAUGUUGAUGAAUGCACCACAAACAAUGAACCUCCCUGUCCCCACAUCUGCAUUAAUACCCCUGGCAGCUAUCGUUGUGAGUGCCACGAAGGUUAUAUUCGGGAAGAUGAUGGGAGAACAUGCACUAAAGGAGACAGAGCAGGCUUCUCUGAGAAGACAGAGAAUGUGGUGAAACCAGGAGCAUGCUGUGCCUCUUGCAAAGAGUUCUAUCAAGUAAAACAAACAGUGUUGCAAUUGAAACAAAAGAUCUCCUUGUUACCAAACAAUGCUGCUGAUAUUAGCAAACCCAUCACAGGAGAAAAAGUACUUGCUUCCAAUGCAUAUAUACCAGGCCCUCCUGGACAGCCAGGUGAUCGGGGUCCUCCAGGUGCUGUAGGUCCAAAAGGGAGCCCUGGCUUUCCCGGAUCUCCUGGUCCUCCAGGAAACCCAGGCCCUAGAGGAGCAAUGGGGCCAAUGGGACCAUCGCCAGACUUGUCUCAUAUUAAACAGGGCAGACGGGGCCCAGUGGGUCCUCCAGGUGCACCAGGGAGAGAUGGAGCAAAGGGCGAGAGAGGUGCGCCAGGAGAAAAAGGAGCACCUGGACCACCAGGUUCUUUCGAUUUCUUAUUACUAAUGAUGGCAGACAUCAGGAACGACAUCGCAGAGCUACAAGAAAGAGUGUUUGGGCACAGGACUCACUCCUCAGCAGAAGAGUUUCCAUUACCUCAGGAAUUUACGAACUAUCAAGACAUAAUGGAGUUGGGAUCUGGAGAGGACUACAAACAAAGGACUACAUCAAAAGACUCCAGAACGCCCAGGGAAAGCAAUCAUUAAAAAGAGCUUGCAGCUUGGGGAAAAAAA